AUGGCAGAUGCUGUGGCUCUCAAGGACCAAGGCAAUGCUGCCUUCAAGGCCCAUGACUGGCCCACGGCAGUAGACUUCUAUACACAGGCGAUCGAGAAGGACAGCACACAGGCAGCGUUCUACAGCAAUCGGGCGGCAGCCAACAUCAAGCUGGAGGCAUAUGCUACGCUAUUGCGGACGCCAGCAAGUGCAUACUGGAGAAGAGCCACGGCAAACACCGCAAUCCUACAUUCGAAAGAUGCCGUCAAAGAUUUCCGAAUUGUAUGCAAAAAGCAACCGAACAAUGCGGACGCUAAGCUGAAACUCGCUGAACUUGAAAAAUUGGUCAAGCGAAUAGCGUUCGAGAAAGCCAUUGAAGUCAGCGACCCGCCCUCGGCGUUCGAGAGCCUCGAUAUCGACUCCAUCAAGGUCGAAGACACCUAUGACGGGCACAAGUUGGGCGACGUGAUGACGCAGGAGUUCAUUGAUGACAUGAUAGAGCGAUUCAAGAACGGCAAGAAGAUACAUCGCAAGUACGUCUUCCAGAUCAUCAAGGCGGUCAAGGAGCUGGUCUAUGCUGAGGCGACCAUGGUCGAGAUGGAGGUCGAGAAGGAUACGUCAUUAACGGUCUGUGGCGACACGCACGGCCAGUACUUCGACUUGAUGGAGCUCUUCCGGUUGAACGGAUUCCCUACCGACAAUCACAUGUACCUCUUCAACGGCGACUUCGUGGAUCGAGGUUCGUGGUCAACAGAAAUCGCCCUCCUACUAUACGCCUACAAGUGGCUGCGACCGAAUCGGUUUUUCCUGAACAGAGGUAAUCAUGAAACCGACGACAUGAACAAAGUCUACGGCUUCGAAGGCGAGUGCAAGGCCAAGUACAACGAGAAGACUUUCAAACUGUUCUCAGAGUCCUUCUCGGCACUACCACUGGCGACCCUAAUCGGCAAGAAGUACCUCACGCUGCACGGCGGUCUCUUCUCAGAUGACAAAGUCACGCUAGACGACAUCAGGAAGCUAGACAGGCAUAAGCAAAGGCAACCUGGCCAGGCGGGUCUGAUGAUGGAAAUGCUCUGGACGGAUCCUCAGCCUCAACCUGGGCGAGGACCGAGUAAACGUGGCGUCGGUCUGCAGUUUGGACCAGACGUGACAAAGAGAUUCUGUGAUAACAACGGUCUCGAGGCCGUUAUUCGGAGUCAUGAGGUAAGAAUGGAGGGCUAUGAGGAGGAGCACAACGGGAAGUGCAUCACAGUCUUCUCGGCGCCCAAAUACUGCGACACAACAGAGAACAAGGGCGCGUACAUCAACAUCGGCCCAGAACUCAAGCUUGAGUUCCACAAAUUCGAUGCUGUGCCGCAUCCAGACAUCAAACCCAUGGCCUACGCACAGAAUUCCCUGAUGCAGCAGAUGGCUAUGUAG